AAGCAACGCUGCCUUGGAGCGCGGCGUGCGUACCGAGGGGACGCGUUGAUUGACAGUCGGAGGCACGGAGCGCCUCGUGCGGCACACAAGCGGAGCACGCUAAUCUCCCCGUACCCGUCUUGUGAAAGGCAUCUCUGUGAAAUACCAGCCAGAUCAGCCUGGCGCAGAUAAAGGAGGCUGUAUCCAUCCCCUGGGCUCGGUGUUUUGGAGUCUUGUCGCCGAAUAAACGAGAAAAAAAAAGGAACUCGGCUGUUCUGCACACUAUCCCAUCCCGUCUUUAUCUGUUCGGUGAAAACUGGACACAGUGUUGGCUAACCUGGCGUCUCAAAGUAUCCUGGACGCGAUAGCGGAUGGACAAAAAGGUCAGGUUGCACUUUGCAAUCUGAGCCAAAGAAGAUUUUGUCGGUCUCUUUUUAUGGAGUAAAAGGACUGCGCCGGUUGCUUUCGGGAUCCUAUUUGGGGGUUAUUUUUUAUUUUGUGAGAUCCAACAUAAUUGUGACGCGUUUGUGAGUCAAGUUACAGACCUUGGAGCCUGUAGACACUGCUUUUUUAUUCUUUUUAAGUGGAAUAACCGGGAGAUAAUCAGGAGACUCUCGGGAGGAAUUUUGGUGCGUAAUUUGUGCGGUGUGUGCGGUUGCCGAGCCGCAGAAGUAGUUGUGCCUCCCUUCUCUUCUUACGUUAAAUACCCCGUUUUUUCCCAAUGGAGUAGGCUAUAUCAUAGGAAAAAGACUUAUUUUUUUCAAAAAAGGAGUGGGUUUAUUCUUUGUCGCCUGGAACAAACAGGCGGAUCUGAUGCGCAGAUUCUCCGUAGGAUGGUAAAUGACCAAUGGGGAAUCAUGAACAGCUCUUCUGAACUCGAAGAUGGGACUCGGCAUAAAAACCAGACGUUCUGUGAGUGUGUGCCCAGCUCCUCCCAGCUCAAACAUCGCUGGUCAGACUCAGAAACUGCCAGGGAGACCCCGGCCAAGAGGAUGAGCUGCAGCUACCUGCUCUGCACUAUCCUUCUCUUCGUGGCUGUAUUGCUGGCUGUCACUGUAACUGGCACCAUCCUUUUUAUGAAUCACUACCAGGCCCCGCCCAUGUCCGAUGGCCUGCCACACAUCUCCACCAAUCAAGAUGAAGCCAACGCCCUGGUCACUGUCGAGAGAGGCGACGGCUCUCGAAUCAACAUCUUCAUCGACCCCAAUUGUCCCGACUACAACAGUAACUUUUUGCGCCUCGAGGGCGUGCAGACGUCCCUGCUCCACUCGCUAACCGACCAUGACUCGGACCUGAAGUCAGUGAAAGGCCAGGAUCGGGCUCUUCUUGUCAGUCUGGCGGAGGAGGUGGCUAAGCUGUCAGCCCACGCAGGGCAACUGAAGAUGGACUAUGAAUCCUUGCGCAGGGGGCAAGGCAGCCUGGGGCAAGACCUCAACACACUGCAGACAGAGCAGGGACGCCUCAUACAGCUGCUGUCGGACAGCCAGAUCAACAUGGUGAAGGUAGUGAACUCAGUGAGCGAUGCACUCAACGCCAUGCAAAAGGAGAACGUGGGCCUGAAGGCGCGUGUCAAGGCCGACUUGCAGAGGGCGCCAGUCAGAGGGGCCCGUUUCAAGGGCUGCGCCAAUGGCUCACGUCCCCGUGACUGCGGUGAUCUGUAUGCCAGUGGUCAGAGAGAGGACGGGAUCUACUCCGUGUUCCCUAUUCACCACCCCUCAGGCUUCCAGGUCUACUGCGACAUGACCACAGACGGAGGAGGCUGGACGGUGAUCCAGCGCAGGGAGGACGGCUCAGUCAACUUCUUCAGAGCAUGGGAGUCAUAUCGUGAGGGAUUUGGCAAGAUCACCGGUGAACACUGGCUCGGGCUGAAGCAGAUCCAUGCCCUGUCCAUCCAGGGGAACUAUGAGCUACGUAUUGACUUGGAGGACUUUGAAAAUAGCACCGCUUAUGCCCAGUAUGGAACCUUUGGAGUAGGCCUCUUCUCAGUCGACCCUGAUGAUGAUGGAUAUCCUUUGACUGUGGGAGACUAUUCUGGCAAUGCAGGUGACUCUCUGCUGAAGCACAACGGGAUGAAGUUCACCACCAAAGACCGGGACAACGACCACUCAGAGAACAACUGCGCCUCCUUCUACCACGGUGCCUGGUGGUACCGCAACUGCCACACCUCCAACCUUAACGGCCAGUACCUGCGCGGCCAGCACACCUCCUACGCCGAUGGCAUCGAGUGGUCCUCGUGGACUGGCUGGCAGUACUCCCUCAAGUUCUCCGAGAUGAAGAUCCGACCUACCCGCGACCCCGAGAAUAAAUGAGAAAGACAAAAGAAAAAAAGGCGAAAAAAGUUUUUUGAAACAUUACAAACCACUGUUUCUGACAGUUAGGCGGAGUUACUUGUCUUGAUAUUGUUUAUUCACUAAAAAAAAAAAAAACAUACCUCUUUGAGUUUAGUUGACUCUGCUGUUUGCCUCCCGAUGUCUCACUCCCUUUUUGCUCCCCUUCUCCAUCACUCAGCUGCUCGUGCCAUGCCAGCUACCAUUCCCCUCGGUCCCUUUCUUGAAAACAAAAAGUAACCAUCAUCAUGCAUAUUUUUGAUCAUUCAGAUCACACAUACCAGAGCUCACAGCCCACUGCGCUAGCUUUACUCAAUCUGACAUGGUGGGCCAAGCAUCGCCUGCAGGAUCACACACCAGUAAUUCGUCCCUGACAUGUAACUCUGACCUCCCAUCUGUGCUGACAUGGCACUUUGAUUGUGGUUCAGUCUCACUGCCCAUUGCUGUAAAAUCUGUGAGUGAAGAAGUUAAAUAUAAUAGAAACAGACAAACUCUUUGCAAAAAAUAUGAAAAGGAGCUAGAAAUCCUUCUUUUUCCCCAUCUGCAAAGGAAGUCCAGCAGUGAGAAGGGAGAGCGCAGUGGUACACUAUGUCACAUUUACAUCCUUGAUCUGUGUGAAUGAGACCCAGCAGGGUAGUGGCGAGAAGUGUCGGGCCUCAGAUAAUUGGACGGAAACAGAGACGGAGAGAACAGGGAAACAAUUUGACAAGAGUUAAAUUAGUCGAAAGGAAAAAAGGAGGGGCGGGGUGGAUCAAAGGUGAGAGAGGAAGUGCAAGGAGAGGAGGUGCAAAAAGGAUGAGAAAGAGAAAUGGGAAAAAGAAAGAGACAACGGAGGAUCUCAUUCAUCUGACUUGGGCCAUUAGGGAGCAUAUUGGGCACUUUGUCUGAUCUGCCUGCCAGCUGAGUACUGGCCAACUGAUGCAGCACUCACAGAUGGUAACCCAGCACUUUGUGUGUAUGUGCGUGUGUGUGUAUGUGUGUGUGUUGAAGGCAGAGAGAGACAGUCAGAGUUCUCUAACAUUAUCAAUUUCCUGUCAUGAGUUCAGUAAAGCGUCUCGACCUACUACAAUGUUUAGCGCAGACGUGAUGCAUGGCUGGCGUACCUUUCACUCUCCAUUUAGGAAGUUAACAUCAAUAACAAAGCCUGUAAUGUAUGUACAUGUGACAGGAAGAAAAAGACGUUAAAGGAAAUUAAGGAGACCGACAGGAUCACAGGAUUAAAGAGGAAUCAGACUGUCAUGCCUUUCCUUGUUGAUCUUGUGUUCUCAGACCUGUUGAGGAAAUGCUACAUUUUUGCCCCCCAACAUUCCCACCUCUUUGGUUUGUCUCUUGUUUUGUUUUUUUUUUCUCCUAGGUGGAUUUGUUCGUGUGACACGGUUCCUCGUCAUGCAAAGGGAGCUGUGAAGUAAGAUCUGACACUCUCAACCACUGUCUUUUUUUCUCCUGAGUAGGAAUUCUGCAACAUGUUAUGGCAAAAACUAAAUUGCCUAAAGCAAAACAAAAAAAAAGAAUAACAAAAAAAGAAAAAAAAUGUGAUGAAGAAAAAACACAAAGGCAAACUGUGGGCAGAUUAUAGUGCAAUCCUAAUUUUUUCUUUUUUAUUUUAUUUUAUUUUAUUUAUCGGUGAACUUUUCUCCCUUUUCACCGAGUUUGUUUGGAUGUACUAAAAGCUUUAAAAAAUGAUCUGUAGAUUUUAUUGUACAGUGUGUAUGACUUUUAGAGCAUGUGAAGCUGUUUUCUUACUAUGCUAAAACACAAAGAGUACUCAAGCACAUGGACUUCACAAAAUCCACCGAUUUAAAAUGACAAGAAAAAAAAAGUAUUUACAGAACUUUUUCCCCUCCUCUGCUUGAACAAAAAGCCGGAGUGCUGCUCCGGAAGUCGGCUACGAGGGGAAGAAUGUGAUUACCCCUAAAAGCACAUGCCCGUUCAAAUCUGCAGCACAAAUAUAAAUCUUUUUAUGAAGGCACAAAAAUAUGAGAAAGAUUUGAAACCUCUUUAGCUGCCUUCGCUGGACAUAUGUGAUCUUUCUCGGCUUUGGAAAGCCCCGUGGCACUGGGAGACAG